AUGUUAUAUGAACAAUCAGUUGUAGACUCAAAGAAGCUGCAGAAACUGGAUCAGUUUUUGACCUUCUUGGAACAUCGGAACCUCAAAUGUAAGGAGGAGGCUACCGGCAGUGAUAAGAUAAAUCACAGCAAAAAGGCACAUGCGCUCAGAUUGCACAUAGCACAAAAAGGCAGAAAGGAAUACCCUAAUGGUGCUGCCGCAUUGGAAAACGACUUCUAUGGAGACGAUUGCAUAACCGGAGCCAAAACUAUAUCAGAAGCUCUACAGAGGCAACAACAGCUUAACAAACUUCUGCAAAAUUCUGGAUUCAAGUUAAGAAAAUGGUGUACCAACAAUUUCCAAGUUCUACAAGGAGUUCCAAGGGAAGACAUCACUUCAAAUGUACAACUGGAGGAGACUUCAUAUGAGGACUACACGAUUAAGACCCUCAGAUCACCUUUUUGUAAUGAAAGCAAAAUGUUCAUGCAACACCUCACAAAGGAGGGUUAUGAGUACAAAGACGAUCUGCCGGCUCAUCUUCAGGAGGAAUGGAAACGCUACAGGGAGGAACUAAAGGUUCUGAACACCAUAAAAGUAUCACGUCACGUCUACUCAGGAAAAACACCUGUGACGGCAGAAAUCCACACAUUUGUUGAUGCCUCGGAGAAAGCAUAUGGAGCUGCUGUAUAUAUCCGAGCAACAUAUAAGGACAAGCGAAGAACGAUCCAGUUAUUAUGUGCAAAAUCUCACUUAGCACCAAUAAAUACAAUAACUCUACCCCGUCUGGAACUUAAGGCUGCUGUAUUAGGAGCACAGUUGACCUCCAAAAUAAAGGAAGACUUGGGCAUGAAAAAUGCAUCCACAUAUUACUGGUCUGAUUCACGGAUUUUACUGUCAUGGAUUAAUUGCUCAUCAUCCAUUCGAGACAAAUUCGUUGCCACUAGAGUUGCAACAAUACAUGAGCUAUCCAUACCAAAACAGUGGAGACAUGUUGCAUCAGAACACAAUGCAGCAGAUGUCCUCUCCAGAGGAAUGACGGCUUCAAAAUUCGCGGAACAUGCCAUGUGGUUCUACGGCCCUAUGUUCCUACAUGGUUCAUCAUCCACAUGGCCGGCUCCUUUUAUUGCUACCAACGAGGAAUUAACAAUUAUGAAUCCGCCAAAGGUUAGUCAAUCAUCCGUGAUGACUAUCACAAAAGAGGAGGACAUAAUAUACACAAUACAACAUAAUAAUUCGUUUAACAAGCUACUCAGAGUAAUAGCUUACAUGAUGCGCUUCCGACGUAAGAAGAAAUACAUAAGCCACACCAUUGAGUUUGAAGAAAUAAUGGAAGCCCGAAAAAUUGUUCUCCGCAACAUUCAAAAUAUCGACUUCAAAGAUGACAUCAAACAUCUCAAGAGGCAAAGGGAGACACGAAAAGGCAGUUCAAUCAACUCACUGUCACCAUUCUUAGAUCAGAAUGGAAUUUUGCGUGUAGGAGGUCGACUGGAGGCGGCAAAUAUAUCAUUCGGCUCCAAACAUCCGAUACUUCUGCCAUACAACGAUCCUGUUGUGAAGAUGAUUCUUGUGCAAAUACACAAGGACAACAUGCAUUGCGGACCUCAGGCUCUAUUAACUACAUUAAGGCAGCAAUUCUGGAUCCUUAAAGGAAAAACUAUGGCUAGGAGCACAGUAAAAGCCUGUGUCAAGUGCACUAAAGCUAAGCCAAAAUUAAUGGAGCAGAUCAUGGGAAAUCUGCCACCACUUAGGGUAACGCAAGCUCGACCAUUUUUCAACUCUGGCGUCGAUUAUUGUGGACCAUUUAAAAUCCACUACAAAGUGAGAGGAAAGAAGCCUAGCACAGCUUACAUUGCCAUAUUCUGCUGUUUCGCGACUUAA